AUGUCGGAGACAGUGCAAAGAAGAGAUGAGGAGGAGUUUGCUAGGUUGAUCCAUAUUCUUGAAUACGGUAAAGAAUUCUUGGAGCUACUGGAGGAUAAAAAGGCUAUCGUGGUAGCUUGCCUGAUCAAUGGAUUAUGGAUAGAGCACCGAUUGGAUAAGAAUAGAAGUGGUUCCCAGAAAACACACUGUCAUGUGUUUCAAGACGUGCAACAAAAGAAUGUUUCUUGGGUUGGAAAACCAACACCGAACCACAAGACACAAGAAGAACUGGGAUUGUUGUCCCUUUCAACCAUUUUUAGACCUUCUCUUCCCAAUUUUACUAACAUUUAUGAGUAA